GGCAAAAGAGCACCUCAUAGAGGAGGCACAAAAAGCACCUCAUCAUGAGCGUGGUCAAGAGCCGUGACGAGGUUGCGCUGCUCGUGAAGUUCUGGAACCAAACAGGUGAGGCAACGAACCACCCAGCCGAGAGAGAGGAAGAUGGGCUGGUGCACAGCAGAGGGCACGGGAACACCUGUAGGCGUAUGUAUGUUGUGCACUGCAUUGUGUUCUGUCUGUCUGAAACAGAGGGCCGUGACAAGUUCUGCAAGUGUCUUCAGUAUGGGUGUCGUGGGCUGGCGUGGCUCCUCAUGGAAGAGAAGGACCUCGCGGCACGACUCUCCGCCUUAUACAGUGAGUGAGCCGACUGACUGAUACACAUACCAUGUCAUGCACACACAGACGACGCGCCAUCUCAUCUGCUGCCUUUCUGCUUGUGUGGUGUGCGUCGAUGAUGACACAGAGACGACGGCUGACAGUCGUAAGAUCUUCCGUCUUGGCAAGUUCCUGAACGAGUACCUGAAGCUGCAGCAGCUGUUCAAGUCGACGGACCCGCAACUGGACCAGCUGUCCAAGUCGCUCAACGUCCUCAACCGGGCGGCCUUCUUCGCCUACUGGGUGUGCGACAACCUCUCCAUCCUCAGCAAGAUCAAGGUCAUCAAGGGCGACACGCCCAAGCUCGCCAAACGCGCCUUCCUCUUCUGGUUCCUCGCACUCGUCUUCGGUGUCCUCGUGGAGCUGCACAAGCUCCAGAAGAACCUAGACCUACAGAUCCAGCUGCAGCAGCAGCAACAGCAGCAGCAGAGUGCGGCGGCCAAGAAGAAUUCGAGUGACGGGGGCGAGGGGGAGGGCGAGCGCGCCACGGCUGCCACAAGUGAGGCGCUGAGCAAGCUCGGGACCGAGAGGAGGAACAUCGCCCUCAACAUCAUCAAGAAUUGCGGUAAGUAAGGGGAGCGGAGCAGUCAGCGGUGUGCCUGACUGAGAUGGGAUCCAUGGGUUCAUACAUCUGUGUUCUGUCUUGUAUCAUGCAUGUGUUCAGGUGACAUGAUCACUGCCGGCAACGGCAUCGAGCUGCCCCACAAGAUCCUCGGUGAGCAGCCGACCCGACCCGACGGACACACAGACAGAAGGAUGGGGGCCAACAAACAUUCACUCUCUCCUCUCUCUGUGUGCGUGUCGGCUGCAGGCUUUGGUUUCAACGAUGGAUUGAUUGGUCUGGGCGGCUUCGUGUCGGCGUUUAUUUCAUGCUUCCAGACCUACCCCGCUGCAUAGUCAUUGAUGCCUGCCUGCACGAAUGAAUCAGUGGCCUGGCCCACACAGGUGCGUGUUCAGCACCGGUGUGGUGUGCGCCUGUCUCACUUUCGCUGUUUCCGCUGACUUUUCAUACAUGUUCUUUCUCGUUCGUAUGUUUGUGCUUGGCGGGCGAUACGUACGUGUGUGUGUUUGUGCAUACUUUUUGAUAUCCGAAGCGCCCAGUCGCCACUGAGUACGUGCCGUGCCUGUCGACACGUCGCCGGCUCGCUUUCCCUUGGAGCCGCACCAGACGAGUUGAUGCCAUCGGUGAGUGGCAGAAUGAAUGCCUAAGGCUGCCUGCCAUGUGGUGUGGUGUGAGUGGGGGGUCCCCCGUCUGUGUCGUGUGAAUGCGUGAGGGAGAGAGAGUGUUCU